AUGUUCUACAGUUGUCCAAUUUGUUUGGAAAAGAUAAUUAGACCAAAAAGCUUACCUUGUUUACAUACCUUUUGUGAAAAAUGUCUGCAGACGUAUAUAUCUAGGGCUUCUUUGGGGAAAGAUCCAGAAAAGUUUGACUUUGAGUGUCCUGUAUGCCGUCGUGUCACAGGUCAACCAGACGAAGCGAUUGCCGUGGAUCAAUGGGCAAAGCAUUUUCCCACCAACAUACUAGUGAAUUCAUUGACGAAUUUAGGUGAUGAAAAGAAUGAGGAUAAAUGCUGUGCCAUUUGUUUACGGGAUAACAAAAAAUGUAAGGCGGAGUCCUGGUGCAAUGAUUGUGCAGAGGCUAUAUGUACUUCCUGUAAACGUCUUCAUCAAAUUGUCGGUAGUCUGCAAAAACACAAAAUCUCAGCUUUGCAUUUUGAUGACAAGGAUGACAAGCCAAAAUUUCCAGAACUAGAUGAACCCUGUCAUUUACAUCAAGGUAGAUAUGUUGAAGUCUUUUGCUUAGAUCAUGAAGCCCUCUGUUGUAGUGUUUGCUUUGCAACACAACAUAGACACUGUGAACACGUGGAAGCCUUGGAUGAUGUUUCUAAAAAUAUAUCGAAAUUAGCUAUCAAAGGGAAUAUAGAUGUUCUUUCUAAAAUAUCAAAGAUUAUAGAGGAAAGCAUAGAACUCAGAGAAAAGGAAAUAGUGUGCAAAAGCGCCAAACGUGAAGAAAUCAUGAAUAAUGUAUCCCUAGAAAUUUCAAAUAUUAAAUUGAAACUUGAUAAACUGCAGCAACAAUUUGAAAAGGACCUUCUAAAAAAGCAUGAAGAUAUUGAGGAAAAACUUAAACAAUGUGUAUUAGAUUUGAAGCAAUACCUCCUGACGGUCAAGAAUGGCAUGACCCUUCUUUCUGCAGCUCAGGAGUCAGGCUCCAGUAAGCAAGUAUUUCUUUCUGCAGUGAAAACAGCAAGAGAUGCUGAAGAACAGUUAAAGCAUUAUAAAACCAGAAAUGCAGAAGACGAAGUGUACGAUUAUGAACAUGAUCACACAACAAUACUAAAACAAAUUUGCGAACGUAAUAAAAUAGAUGAUGUCUUGCUGCUUACAAGACCAUCAGGAACUCUUUAA